AAAGCGGCUACAGAUAAUGAGAUGAGAUUUAUUUUGUAUGUUAAUUUUUAUAUAUAUUUCUAAAUAAUAUUAUUAUUAUUAUUAUUUAAAUCCCCAAAGAUCCCUGCUGCAUGUUUACAGAAAUCCUCUGCUUCUGUGUUCAAAGUGCUCCUGGUGUCUGAUGGGAUCUGAACAAACACUGUUCAGGACUGAAGUUCAUUCCGAUCCCAUCAGAACCCCAACACCAGGCUGUGUGCUGCUGCUGUUAAAACAGACUCCACGUUUGGUGUCUGUUUAAAGCUUUCCUGCCUUUCAGAUUGUAAGUGUAGGUCAUAAAGUUUUCCCCGACACCCAGUUAUUCUUGUUUAGUGGACUGAAAGCUGCUGAAUUCAAGUCACAGACUUCCAAUUUUAUUAGUUUAAAAAAAAAAAAAACAAUUAAUGAAUUUAUCUCCAUGUGGCCCUAAAUUCUCCGAGUUUUUCCUGCUUCACCAUGACCCAAGUCAAGAUCCUACAUGAUGUCAUGCAUGACGUGGUGGGCUUUCCCUGUUCACGCAAGGCAUUGUGGGAUACAAAUUUGAAACCGGAGAGAAAAGUGUAGGACGUGAGUGUGCGAAUGAAACGUGAAAGACCGAUUACAGUAACAGAAAGCGAGAAGAAAAGACCUUCUGUUAUAAACGCAGGACCAAACUAAUAAAUAUCAGCGGUCAGUGAGCACCUCGGUGUGAUCAGCGGUUCGUUUAGCGACAGAAUGAUGGAGCAGUCAGUGCACGGUCAAAGGGAAACCUGUAGAUGGCAGUAAGGGCCUCUGCAUGCUCUUGCGAUAAGGCUUUCGCAGACAGCUUUUCGCAGACAGUUGUAAUUUAUCGUUGAGCGGGGAGUAAUAGGCGUGCGCGAUGUUAUUCACCGCCACAACGCAAGGGGGCACGAAGUUGCAAAAUUGCUAGGAGUAGUUGGUGGGUGUGGUUAGUGGAGUGUUUAUCCUCCGGUUACUUAUAAUGACUAGAACUGGAGUCGUAUAGACGUACGUACUUCCUCACUUCCUCGAUCAACCGCUCUUCGUGCUGCUCCAUCUUCACUCGUGUUUUUAAAAAUGGCGGUCGUGAAAACAAAACAAACCGGGAAAGUAGGGAAGCGGAAGUGCGUGUACAGCGGAUGUAGAGUGGACCAAUCGGAGCCCUCUUGUCUGCGAGGCUUCUGCGGUGGUCACAGUUUUUGGGAGUUGCGCGCAGAGCGUCUGCGAAGGGGGGGGGGCUACGCAGACGCCAUCUGCGAGGACUGCGUUGUCAGCAUAAAUUGGCCGUAAUGCAACACUGUGGAUGCCAGCUGCCGUAAAACCCAAAAGAAGGAAUCUUCCCUCGUACCCGAGCCAGACGAUGGGCAAGAAGAGUCGAGUGAAGACUCAGAAGUCGGGGACGGGCGGGACAGCCGUGGCGUCCCCCAAAGAGAUGAUGAACCUGAUCUCGGAGCUCCUACAGAAAUGCAGCGGUGCAGCUCCGGCUCCAGGAAAGGAGUGGGAGGAGUACGUCCAGAUCCGCACCUUGGUGGAGAAAAUCCGCAAGAAACAGAAAGGAGUGUCCGUGGUGUUCGAGGGCAGUCGGGAGGAUUAUUUCCCCGAGCUCAUGGCCUGGGCUGCGGAUUGUGGCGCGUCCUGCGAGGGCUUUGAGAUCACCAGCUUUGGAGAUGAAGGAUAUGGACUCCGAGCCACCAAAGACAUCAAGGCUGAAGAGCUGUUUCUGUGGAUUCCCAGGAAGAUGCUGAUGACUGUGGAAUCGGCGAAAAACUCCGUCCUUGGUCUGCUGUACAGUCAGGACCGGAUCCUGCAGGCCAUGGGCAACGUGACUCUGGCCCUGCACCUGCUGUGCGAGAGGGCGAACCCAGAGUCGCCCUGGCUGCCCUACAUCAAAACCCUGCCCACUCACUACGACACGCCUCUAUACUUCGAGGAGGAGGAGGUACGCCACCUGCUGGCCACUCAGGCCAUUCAGGACGUCCUGAGCCAGUACAAGAACACGGCGCGACAGUACGCCUACUUCUACAAAGUCAUCCAUACUCAUCCGAACGCCAGCAAACUGCCCCUGAAGGAUGCUUUCACCUUUGACGACUACAGGUGGGCCGUAUCGUCUGUGAUGACCCGUCAGAACCAGAUCCCUACAGAGGACGGCAGUCGGGUCACACUGGCUCUUAUUCCACUCUGGGACAUGUGUAAUCACACCAAUGGCCUGAUUACCACCGGUUACAACCUGGAAGAUGACCGAUGUGAGUGUGUUGCUCUGCAUGACUAUAAAGAGAGCGAGCAGAUCUACAUAUUCUACGGUACAAGGUCUAACACGGAAUUUGUUAUCCACAACGGCUUCUUCUUCGAGGACAACGCACACGACCGGGUGAAGAUCAAACUGGGAGUGAGUAAGAGCGAGAGGCUGUACGCCAUGAAGGCCGAGGUGCUGGCCCGCGCUGGAAUCCCGGCGUCAAGCGUUUUCGCCCUGCACUGCAGCGAGCCGCCCAUUUCAGCCCAGCUCCUGGCCUUCCUGCGCGUCUUCUGCAUGACGGAAGAGGAACUCCGGGACUACCGUGGUGAUCACGCCAUCAACAAGAUCUUCACGCUGGGGAACGCCGACUUCCCCGUCAGCUGGGCGAACGAGAUCAAGCUGUGGACGUUCCUGGAGACGAGAGCCGCGCUACUCCUCAAGACGUACAAAACCACAUCAGAGGAGGACAGCUCCAUGCUGCAGAAACCCGAUCUCUCUCCACACUCGCGCAUGGCCAUAAAGCUGCGUCUGGCGGAGAAGGAGAUCCUGGAGCGCGCCGAGGCCAGCGGCCGAGCCAAGCGCCUGCACUUCCAGAAGCAGCUGGAUGACGGCGCUCCUCUGCCCGUGUACGAGGAGAGCGACAUCGCGCUGCUGGAGAACGCCGACGCCAAGCUGCCAAUCAUCCUGCACCAGCUCGAGGAGGAAGAAGAGGACGAAGAGCUGAAGAUGCCACUUCUUAACAGUGAACGGAAGAAGAAAGAGAGCGGCAGAGAGAAAGCGGAGCCGAGCCUGCGGAGGACUGAGAACAUGUGUGAAGAUCAGGAAUAGUUCAGCACAAUCGGAUUCCUGAUCCUUAUUUAUUUUUUGUUUUGAGUGACUGACGAAUAGAAGUGAAAGCAAUCGAAACUAAAACAGCAGUCUGUUACUGGGUUUUUUUUUUUUUUUUUUUUUUGAAAUAUAGAUGUAAAGAUUUCAGAUGACCUGCUGUUCCGUCCCAUAUUUGAGUUUUAACAGUGCCACACUGGUUUAUAUUUUAAUUUUUUUGUUGUUUAUUUGAAGCAGGUGGCUCCUCCCACUCAGGAGGGAAAAGACUCUGAAAAAUGAGAAGCGUACGUGCGGGAAGCUCCUCGUCGGACCUGUGGAUCUGGAGUCCGGUUUGUUCAGGAUUCAGUAUGAUUUGAUUGAAUUCAGUCAGGCGUGUUUGGGUUGCUUCUAAAGGAGGCUGGCGUUUUUGGUAAACUUGUUUAUAAAUGUGCACAAUGUUUCCCUUUACCUCAAAUGCAGCAUGUUUAGCGUUUGGAGCAAUGAGACUAGCUUAUAUACACGAGGUUGGCACUGCGCAGUGUAUGCGCUUUGUUUAAAGGGGCAGUGAGUAAUGUUUACUGCUGCAUGCAUGGUGAAGUGCAACUGCAGUUUAAAAAAAAAAAGCCGUAGAUUAUUACGGAAGCUGCGAGAGGCCCUUCAUAUAUAAUCCUUUUUUUUUCACCUUGUUAUCCCGAGAUAACGACAUAAUUAAUUCAGGAUCUCGAGAAAACAACACAACUAAUUCGAGAUCUCGAGAAAACAAAACAAUUAUUUCGUGAUCUCGAGUAAACAGCUGAGAAAUGGUUCAUUCAGGUACGCCAAGAGACUUGAUAUGCUGACUUUGGGGCUAUUUCUCAUUCUGUAUAGACGCAACUUUGGUCAUUAGAAUGUCUGGAAUAAUCGAUCACCUAAUAAGGCAAUAUUUUGAUCAGGGGUUGACACAGGGAGAGAUUGCAUUAAGUCUUUUAAUAAGGGAUAAUUUCAAAAUUAGUCCGCGGCACCUCCGCAGAAGGCUGGCCCCCUUCUCUCUCUCUCAAGGCAUCGUAAAAAGCCAUUUCUGCUCUGUUACAUGUCCGCCAAUUUUUAAGUCUUCAUUGUCUGACCCACAGGGGGCGCAGCUCUGCUAGAAAUCUCAGCUGUUUUCUCGAGAUCACGGAAUAAUUGUCUUGUUUUCUCGAGAUCUCGAAUUAGUUGUGUUUUCUCGAGAUCCUGAAUGAAUUAUGUCGUUAUCUCGGGAUAACAAGGUGAAUAAAAAAAAAAGAUUAUAUGAAGGGCCUCUCGCGGCUUCCGUACGGAACACUUUUUUCAAACUCCCACCUUGAAACGAAUUCAUUGGUUUAAUCCAGAUUAAAUGGCUUGGUUUUGUACAACUGAACUGAAAUUUGUUUGUGGUCUACAAAACUCCACCCUCGAUCUUUGGAGAUUAAGCCCCGCCUCCUAGUUGUUUGUUUGCAGAAUGAUACCAAAAAUGAUGAGUAUGAUAGCUGCUGUGUAACAUGGAGCUAUGGAGAAGUUUACAGUAGAUGGUGUGAGAGUGAUCCGGACAGGUUUUGUCCUCAAUAAUUAAAACAAAAACCUCAGUACGUUUAAAAAAUAAAAUAAAUAAAUAAAAUAACCUGAAGUAUAUCUAUCUAUGCAGAUAGGGUAUUAAAAUAAUGCAUUUUAUCACGUGUUUAUAAUUUUACUAUUGAAUAACCUGGUAUUCAACACAGUGCGUAGUUCUCUCGCUUUGGUUUUCCGUUGGCUCAGAAGAUGGAGAACUUUGCAAAUUCACGGGUUAGAGUUACAUUAGUCUGUGCACUACAUGAAAUUAGCUGUAAAUAGGACUCGCAUGUCCUGCGUCAUGUCCCUUUCAGUGACUGUGUGGAUUCCCGCCCCUUUUUUUUUUUUUUCCUUCCCACAGCUGGAAAAAACUUUUUUUUAUUCUGUUGUAACGUGUAUGAUUAGCUACGUUUUAGCCUUACAGCUCAAGUUUAUAUAUAUUAAAAAAAGCAGCAACUCGGACAUCAAACACUAAACAUGUCUUUUGCUAAUUGGCAACAUUUGAUAUAAGUGAAAAUUGUGUACCCUCCCCCUCCAUGAAGCUAUUACGUUCCAUAACACUUGUUCUGUUCACGUGUUUGCAAGACAAUCAUUUUCCUUUUCGUUCCGGAUUGUGCUUUGCUCCUGGAUUAAUCAUUUAAUUUUCAGCAAGAUAUUUAUCCUAGAAAAGGACUAAGAUGUUGCUGAGAGUGUUUUUGGUUUGAUUGCACUUCAGGAACAGUCAGUGUGUGGGUUUAUUUUAUUUUUUUUAAUUUCUCUCCCAGUUUGGAUUGUUCGACAUACUGUGAUAUUUGAUCGAACCUUACGAAGGUUACAAGCUUGAUUACUUUAGAAUGACUGAGAGUAGUCUUGCUAUAUGAAUGUAGUUCGAAACGCUUCGUCGUAUUGAAUAGAUCUGUUGACUUUAAUAAUAACGUCCUCAUGAUGGCCGUCUCGGCCGCUGAGAUCUUAGAACAGAAUUUAUAACUUUUUUCCAUGUUUUUAAGGUUCAGUUUGUUUACAUCAUCAGAAGCCAAACUCAUCACAUCUCGGUCUGUGGUUGUCUUUAAGCCUUAAAACGGUUUCCUGUGCGGGAUUUCUGCACUCGCAACACUUACAGGUUCCAAAGUUAGGCUUUUUGUACUGUUUUUCCUCGUAUAAUAAUUUUUAUAUAGUGCAUCUCGCGCAUUUAAAACACAGCUCAAAUAGUUCUUUACUAUAAAACAAAUGGGUAUAUACCGUAAUAAAAUGUACUCAAAGUGAAGAAGCUAAUUUUUGUAAAUUGGAGUUAAAUAAAAUUGCUGAUGACGCCUUUUGAGAAAAGAUGAAGGAUCGUUAAAAGCUGAAGUGAAAGGAUGAGUUUUGAGCUGCUUUUUAAACGUUACAGCUGGAGCCUGAUGAAUAUCGACGGAUCACAAAUUCCAGAUCUUUGCAACGGUGAAGCAGCCUUUUGUGUUUUAUUUCACUGUUUUUCGCUUUGGGAAAGUUGAAUAAAGUGUGUUUUGGAUCGCGGCCUGUCAGACAUGCAGAGAUGUACGGAUAAGGCAAGCUUUAAUAACAAUAAAAGACUUACUGAAACCUGA